AUGAGCUCCAAGCUCUCCUCCGACUGGAUCCCCUACAGCACUUUAGAUGACGAGGGCACCAACCUCCGACAGCAGAAACUGGACAGACAGCGAGCGCUCCUUGAACAGAAGCAGAAGAAGAAGAGGCAGGAGCCUCUGAUGGUCCAGUCUAACGUGGAUGGGAGAUCUCGCACUCGUCGGACCAAACAGAGCGAGGAACAGGCUCCGCUGGUGGAAUCCUACCUCAGCAGCAACAGCAGCACCAUCUACCAUGUGCAAGAAGCUGAACAGGAGGAGGUGAAGGUGAUAGCGGACACACAGCCGCCUCGCUCGGCCAAAAAGGGCAAAGCAUCGGCCAGCUCCACCCCACAGACGGGCAGCGACAAGAAGGAGAGGAAGGGGAAGCACAAAGCAGCGAUCGAUGGCCUGGCUGCCCAGCAGGACGAUGGUCAGAUCCAGAUCCUGACAGUGGGUCACAACACGUCGGAGGAGAGCGAGGCAGAGCCCGUCAUGAGCUGCACUCAGUCCCAGAGUAAACAGGACCUGCGCGUCACCAUGCUCAAGAAAGGUAUAUCCAGCAGUAUGAAUUUCGAUGAAGAGGAGGACGACGAAGAUGAAAUUAGCUCCAGUUCCUCACAGCUCAACAGCAAUACCAGACCAGGCUCUGCCACAAGCAAGAAGUCAUGCAAGGAGGUCGCAUCAGCACCCACUCCGCCAGUCAAUGAGCCUGCCAUCGAUGUGGAUGACCUUGAGGAGUUUUCUCUGCGACCUGCACCUCAGGGGGUCAGAGUGAAGUGCAGAAUCACCAGAGAUAAGAAGGGCAUGGACAGAGGCAUGUAUCCCACCUACUACCUGCACCUGGAGAGAGAGGAUGGCAAGAAGGUGUUCCUGUUAGCUGGCAGGAAGAGGAAAAAGAGUAAAACAUCAAAUUACCUCAUCUCCAUUGAUCCCACUGAUCUGUCCCGAGGUGGAGAGAGCUUCAUCGGUAAACUGAGGUCUAACCUCAUGGGAACCAAGUUCACUGUAUACGACAGCGGUCUGAACCCUAUGAAGAGCACCACCAGCCUCGAAGCUAGCAACCUGCGCCAAGAGCUAGCAGCCAUUUGCUAUGAAACCAAUGUCUUAGGAUUCAAAGGACCUCGCAAAAUGAGUGUCAUCAUUCCUGGAAUGAACAUGGACCACGAGAGAGUGUCUAUUCGCCCACGAAAUGACCAUGAGUCACUGCUGGCCAGGUGGCAGAACAAGAACACAGAGAGCGUGAUUGAACUUCACAACAAGACGCCCGUGUGGAACGAUGACACACAAUCCUAUGUGCUCAACUUCCACGGCAGAGUCACUCAGGCCUCCGUCAAGAAUUUCCAAAUCAUCCAUGACAAUGACCCUGAUUACAUUGUGAUGCAGUUUGGCCGUGUAGCAGAAGAUGUCUUCACCAUGGACUAUAACUACCCAAUGUGUGCCCUGCAAGCCUUCGCCAUUGCGCUUUCCAGCUUUGACAGCAAGUUAGCCUGUGAAUAG